UCUUCUACAAUUAAGCAACCUCAAAAUGAUGGAAGUUGGUUUAUGGGCCUCUGGUUUCCUCAGGCCUGAAGGUGGGGCUGGGGGAUGUCCUCGUUCAAUGCCAGAUGAUUGGUUUACGUCCAGAUCUUCCUGGUCCAGCAGAAUGUUAGAGGCCUUCUCCUGUCUCAUCCUUGGAAAGACGAAAAGGUUUUGUUUGAAACUGUAAAUAUGUUUGUGCCUUAAAUUGAAUGGGAAGAGAGAGGGGAAAGGAAGUCUGGAGUGGAAAUCUCUGACCCCGCUGGUUUUCAGGGUGAAGGCUCCCAGCCGGCCAGGCGUGAGCUCCAUGGAAUCAGGAAAUCACUGUCCAAGGCAGCAGCCUCUGCCCCUGUAUCGGGGUAUUCCUCUGGUUUUCCCUCUUCCCCUCCUCUCCUUGAGGCUUCCCAGGAGACAGGGGCUGGAGAAGAUUCUUGCCGGCCACACUUUUGUGUAUUUUAUUCCUUAAAAGCUGGGGGGUUUUGCAUGUCGUAGUUGUCUGUGCAUGUAGAGCUGCUUGAUUUUUCAUCAUUAUUUUUUGGGGGCGGCGCUGGGGUGGUUCCAUCCUGGGGGAAACCCUUUUAGUGGGUCCCUCGGCCAGCGCCGUGAAAUCCCAGCCUCCUUCCUCUCGUGCUGCAGCUCGUUGUGAAAUACCCGCCAUCCCGGAGGCUUCACCGAGGGAAGGAUCAAACACACAAUAUAGAACCGUGCAUCUUUUUUCUUUGUGUUGUGGUUUCAGAGGAGGAGAGCUUGGGAUGGAGGGUUUCUUGUCAGAUCAAAUGAAAAAAAAAAAAAAAAAAAAUGUUCUUCAAAGAACUCUGGUGUCUUGUGCCAGAACUUAAGUUAUUUCCUGAAAAGAAGGGUUUUUUUAGAAGUAUUGGAUUCCAAAGCAAAGAAAUGAGCAUGCAUAAACCCACAACCUCCCUUUUACUGUCUAUAUCUAUAAAUAUAAAUAUUUAUAUAUAUAAAAAUAACAUUUACUAGAGAUUAGUUGUUUUUUUUUUACCCUAUCAGAUAAAGAGCUUCUUGGCUGUUUUUUAGCAGGUUGGUCUCUGCCUGAGGAAACAUGAAAAGGGAGUUUGUUUGAAUCCAAAUGGGGUUGAAGUGUUUUGUGUUUUAUGGGGCUCUGUGAAUGAGAUGCCCAGAGGUGGGGACUGGCAGGAGGGGGGGGGCAUUUCUCGGUGGGGUCUGUACUGGGACUUACUGGGGAGCUCAGGGACCCCCUUUUACUUGUGGAGGAGGCUUUUUUAGACAUUUGUGACGGGCAUCCUGUGCGGACAAAGGACCUGUAUGUGAGGAGAAAGGCUUUUGCAGUAUUUUGUCCUUGUUAUGGAGGGCGCCAGGGAGGAAGUGUUUUGUGAUGGGUUUUUGAAGAGGCAACACGAGGGGAUGGGGUGCGGAUGACGAAGCCAUUGAAUCUUCCCAGCGAUCUCUUCAGGUCAAACACUUCCCUAGAGGUGUUGGGGGGAGAGGCAGAGAGCAGUUACUCCACGCUCUGGGGUAAAAACUUCCCCCACACCAAGAAAAUCAAGACAGAAACCCUCCCUUCCCCGCUGGCCCCACAGUCGGGGUGUUGAGAUGAAAAUGUAGAUAAUACUAUUGUAAACCUACAGCAAGAUUAUUUUUAUCAGCCAUUUUAUGUGUAGAUGCUACGGUGUGAUUUCAGGCGGAAAUAUUGCUAAAGAUUUUUAAAACUAUAGAUGUCGUGUGUGUGCGUGUGUGUGUGUCUGUGCGUGUGUGUGUGUGAGGUGGGGGGACGUUUUGGGAGCCCGGGCUCCGUGGGGCACAACGAGGCACACACUCCCCUCGGUGCCGCGCUGCUUGGCCACCCCCGGCAUUUAAAGAGGAAAACCUGCUAUUUUGUUUCUAGCCCUGAAUUUUGCUGUAAUUGGUUCUGCAGAUAAGAUGUCACGAUACCACUGGUUAAAAAAUAAAACUUAUUUUUCAGACGUACUGCGCUGAUGGUCCUUGUGAACCCCCUGUGCUGAUGGGUCGGUUGUAGCACGGUGUGAAGGUCCCCUCAUGUCCUGUGGGGGCCGAGGCCAGUGACUCGUUGUCCCGAGUGUCUGCUGGCACCGAGCCUGUGUCCCUGUGUCCCCAGAACUCAGUUGGAGCCUGACCCCGAGUACUGGAUGCAGAAGAAAUACUUCUAUUUUCUGAUUGGUGUAGGGAUUCAACACAACAGACCAGGGUUUUGCUUCUUGUCUGGACCUAGGGCCCAUCCCCAGUGAUACUGGUUUGUGAUGGUUUGCUUUUUAAAAGGAAUUUUUUUUCCUCUUCAGCCUCUAUUUAGUGAUAGAAGAGUGUUCAUGGGGGCAGGAGCUGCUGACUUUUCACUCGGAAGAAGGAUCACCCAAAGCUUUGUCCUUCCCACCAACGGAAGCCUCGGGAGCUGAAGUUGCCAGCGCUUGAUGAACCAGGGUGGUUCGUGCCAGUCCCAGUCUGGUAGCCAACAGCCCUGGAGCUCUGCAGCUCUGAGUGAGGGGGUUUCUCUGGGCGACACAGAAGGGGCCUCCCAGCCCCUUUUCACCUUCCGCUCGCCUUGGGACAGACGGAGAGGAAAAAGCCUCAACUGUAGCUCUCACUUAUUGUUUCCUGGGAGGAAAACAAUAAAUCCACAAUUCCUGAAUGUGCUCGGCUACAAUAUAUCAUAGUUAGCAAAAAAAAAAAAUUAUAUACACUAAAAUCAGUGAGAAUUGAAUUGGAGGAAAACCCAUAAACUACACUUAAAAAAAUCAAACUGCUGAAGUCAAGGUUUCCCCGUUCAGUUUGAAUCUGUCCCUGGAAUUAAUUCAUCCUUCCGCAGCCAAGACGUGCCUGAGGGGUUACCAACUCCUUAAUUCCUUAAUUAAGGACAGGCUGCAGGAGCCCAUCGCUGAGCAAGGGCCAUGCUCACGCCAUGACAAACGAGUUCCCCCUUCCCUGGUGUCCCAGGAGCUGCCACUGUCACCCCUCUUGCUCAUGGGGGUAUUUACAGAUCCCGGCCUAUUUCCUGGCCGCCCUGUUGCUGUUCCCGGGACUUAAUUACAGGUGUAUAUGUAAAAAAGGGUAAACUGCCUGAGCUCCUUGUCCCUGGUUUGUGUUCUGUGAAACAGCAGUUCUCGCCAUGGCAAUUUGAAGGGACAACUCUAAUCCGUAUUGAGUGGUUGCCUGUAAGCAGGAAAAAUGGAUCUUUUAGUGGUUUUUUUUCAGUAAUUCCCAUUUAUGGGGUAACCUGCCUCUGGGCCGAGGGCUGGUGGGCAGAGCCCAGCAUGAGCCAUGGGGCCAGCAUGGUGGGGCCCAGUUUAGUCACUUCCUUGGGGACAUGUGUGGGGUGCUCCCACCCCUCCUGAGCCUCUGAAAGCCAGAGGAAAAUGUCGUAGGCCGCCUCUGCUCCCCAGGAACAGAACCUUCUUGCAGACCUCUAGAACUGGUGGAGAAGACCCAAGAAGAGCUUGGACUCGCUGUGGGAGGUAGAACUGGACCCAGCAAGGACUGGGGCACCAGCAGUUCUUAGGAUGGUUCCAUCUCACGGCUGCUCCUCAGUCCCCUCCAGGAUGGUCCCAUCUCGCAGCUGCUCCCCAGUCCCCUACAGGUGACACCUCCAUGCAGGUGGAGAAGAACCUCAGCCUCCUUCCACCACGUCCUGACUCUGCUGGGAUGCCAGACGUGGGAGAAACUCACCGUCCUCGCUCUCGUGUGGAUGUAACACCCCCAUGUCCCCCGUCACGAGCCUGGAGCUCCGUCAGCUGGGAAGAAGAACGUCCCCGCUCCUCUGACGCGGCGCUGUGGCUUCUCCCCCAGAUUCCUCGGCUCGACAAGUCCUUACUCAUCUGCUGGCUCAGAGCGGGGAUUUCACGAGACCCCCCCCUCCAUCCGAGCCCCACGAGGACAUUUCUCCCUGGGCUGGUGGCCGGGUGGGAGCAGGGACAUGGUUAGGGGGUCCCAGUGACCUUCCUACCGCAGAGCUGGCUGCUCGGUGCUUGUUCCCGAGUCACCUGGAGAAGACCGAGGCGUGUCGGGAAACCUGAUGCCUCACCUCUGCCGAUGUGGAGGCGGAGGGAGGAGGGCCCAAAGACAUGUCCCUUCACGCUCACAACAGCUGAAAACGGAGAAGGAAACUCACUAGAGCCUUUUUUUACCAGCGCAGGCGUCCUCGCUCUCCCCGUCUCACCCCAGGAGCCCUCCUGUCCUCCGGUACUCUGGGGGGGUGGCAGUCCCGCUCCCGCCGGGCGAUGAACAUCGCAAGGAGAAGAGGUUUUUACAGGCAGGAGGUGAACAAAACCCUCUGGGAGCUGCCCAGGAGAUACGCGUCCCUCCACCCCGUGGGGUCCGGAGCCUACGGCUCAGUUUGUUCGGCCAUAGACAAGAAGACGGGGGAGAAAGUAGCCAUCAAGAAGCUCUGCCGCCCGUUCCAGUCGGAGAUCUUUGCCAAGAGAGCGUACAGGGAGCUCAUGCUGCUCAAGCACAUGCAACACGAGAACGUCAUUGGGCUGCUCGAUGUCUUCACCUCCGCCCCCUCCUACCAGGGAUUCCAGGAUUUCUACCUGGUGAUGCCCUACAUGCGGACAGAUUUACAAAAGAUCAUGGGACAUGAAUUCAGUGAUGAAAAGAUCCAGUACCUGGUCUACCAAAUGCUGAAAGGGCUGAAGUACAUUCACUCAGCCGGCAUCAUCCACAGGGACCUGAAGCCAGGCAACCUGGCUGUGAACGAAGACUGUCAGCUCAAGAUUCUGGAUUUUGGCUUGGCCAGACACGCCGAUGCUGAGAUGACGGGCUACGUGGUGACGCGCUGGUACAGGGCCCCAGAAGUCAUUCUGAACUGGAUGCAUUACAACCAGACAGUGGAUAUCUGGUCUAUUGGCUGUAUCAUGGCAGAAAUGCUCACUGGGAAAACGCUGUUCAAAGGAAAAGACUACCUCGAUCAGCUGACUCAGAUCCUGAAAGUAACGGGGCAUCCAGGAGAAGACUUCGUGGAGAAGCUGGAGGACAAAGCGGCCAAGAGUUAUAUCAAGUCCCUUCCUAAAAUCCCCAAGAUGGAUUUGUCUAUGCUUUUCCCCAAAGCAAAUCCUCAGGCAGUGGACCUGCUGGACAAGAUGUUGCAGCUGGACGUGGAGAAGCGUCUUACAGCGACGGAGGCGUUGGCUCACCCCUAUUUUGACCAGUUCCGAGACAUCGAGGAGGAGACAGAGGCGCAAGAGUCCUACGAUGAUUCUCUGGAACACGAAAAGCUUUCGAUAGAAGAGUGGAAAAAGCACAUUUACAAGGAGAUCUUGUCCUUCAGUCCCAUCGCGCGGAAGGACUCAAAGAAGCGAAGUGGGAUGUCAUUGUAGUGACCAGUGCGGCCAUGGCUGGGAUUCACCUUUCCUGGAUGACAGGUUGGAUUUACUCCAUGCUGCCUUGCCUGGUGGCCAUCGCUUGGCCUGUGGGACUUCUCUGGGUGCCAACACAAGAACGACGCUGUGCUGUGGGCACUGGACUUUAUUCUGCUGCAGGGGAAGCACGCCAAACAGUUUUCAACACAAAAGAUAAAUAUAUUCUCAUUGAAACUUUAA